GCGAGCCAGUGGCGCAGGUGUCGGGGGCUCAGAGCGCCGAGCCCAGGAGCAUGAUCGUGGACAAGCUGCUGGACGACAGCCGCGGUGGAGAGGGGCUGCUGGACUCGGCCGGCAACUGCGGCCUCAUGACCAGCCCGCUCAACCUGGCUUACUUCUACGGCGCGUCGCCACCCGCCGCGGCUCCGGGCGCCUGCGACGCCGGCUGCUCAUCGUCGGGGCCCUCGGCGCCCGCCUCGCCCGGCUCCGACUCCUCCGACUUCUCCUCCGCAUCCUCGGUGUCCUCCUGCGGGGCCGUGGAGUCCCGGCCGAGAGGCGGCGCCCGCGCCGAGCGCCUACAAGUUGAGCCCCAUAUGGGGGUUGGCAGGCAGCAGAGAGGACCCUUUCAAGGUGUUCGUGUGAAGAACUCGGUGAAGGAGCUCCUGCUACACAUCCGAAGUCAUAAACAGAAGACUUCUGGCCAAGCUGUGGAUGAUUUUAAGACACAGAGUGUGAACAUUGAACAAUUCACAGAAUUGAAGAACACAGUAUCAUAUAGUGGGAAAAGGAAAGGACCUGAUUUUCUGUCUGAUGGACCAGCCUGCAAAAAGUCAGCUCUGUUUUUGACACCACCUCAAACACCAACACCUGGUGAGAGCAUGGAAGAUGUUCAUCACAAUGAAUCCAAACCAGACAGCAGUGCUGAUCUGCUUCAGAACAUUAUAAACAUUAAAAAUGAAUGCAGCCCAGUUUCCCUGAACACAGUCCAAGUUAGCUGGAUGAGCCCUGUGGUACCUCAGAGCUCUCCCCAAGAGCAGUGUCAGGACUUCCAUGGAGGGCAGGUCUUCUCUCCACCUCAGAAAUAUCAACCAUUCCAAGUCAGUGGCUCCCCACAAGUGAUGGACCAGGCUUCCCUGUACCAGUAUUCUCCACAAAACCAGAAUGUAGAGCAGCAGCAACAGCAGCAGCAACAGCAGCAGCAACAGCAGCAGCAACAGCAUUAUACCCACAACCCAACUCUGGAAUAUAGUCCUUAUUCCAGAACUUCCCAGUCACCCAACUAUGAAUCAAACCUCUUUGAUGGCCAAGAACCACAGUUCUGCUCAAACCGAAGUUUUGUAUCCCUUCUAAGUGGUCAUGGGGAAUCUGAGAAUAUUGCUCUUCCCCUUCAGACUCCCCACAGUGUGCAGCAACCAAGUGAUGCUCACCUGCAGAACUUCAGUGUGAUGCCCAACAGUUCCUGCGAGGCCCUGGGGGCGAUCGAUGCAGGCCCUGCCUCUUUAAACACUUCCCUGCCAUUCCCGAACCUUAUGGGAAACCAGAUGAACACCACACAGUUAGGGAAGUCAUUUUUUCAGUGGCAAGUAGAGCAAGAAGAAAAUAAAUUGGCAAACAUUUCCCAGGAUCAAUUUCUUUCAAAGGAUGCAGAUGGUGAUACGUUCCUCCAUAUUGCUGUUGCUCAAGGGAGAAGAGCACUUUCCUAUGUUCUUGCAAGAAAGAUGAAUGCACUUCACAUGUUAGAUAUUAAGGAGCACAAUGGACAGAGUGCCUUUCAGGUGGCAGUGGCUGCCAAUCAGCAUCUCAUUGUGCAGGAUCUGGUAAAUCUGGGGGCCCAGGUGAAUACCACCGACUGCUGGGGAAGAACACCUCUGCAUGUCUGUGCUGAGAAGGGCCACUCCCAGGUGCUUCAGGCAAUCCAGAAGGGAGCAGUGAGGAGCAAUCAGUUUGUGGAUCUUGAGGCAACUAACUAUGAUGGCCUGACUCCCCUCCAUUGUGCUGUCCUGGCCCACAAUGCUGUGGUACAUGAGCUCCAGAGAAAUCAACAGCCUCAUUCACCCGAAGUUCAGGAGCUUUUACUGAAGAAUAAGAGUCUAGUUGACACCAUCAAGUGUUUUAUUCAAAUGGGAGCAGCAGUGGAAGCAAAGGACCGUAAAAGUGGCCGCACAGCACUGCAUUUGGCAGCSGAAGAAGCAAAUCUGGAACUCAUUCGCCUCUUUUUGGAGUUGCCUGGUUGCCUGUCUUUUGUGAAUACAAAGGCUUAUAAUGGAAACACUGCGCUCCAUGUUGCUGCUAGCCUACAGUAUCGGGUGACACAGUUGGAUGCUGUCCGCCUGUUGAUGAGGAAGGGAGCCGACCCAAGUACCCGGAACUUGGAGAAUGAACAGCCAGUGCAUUUGGUUCCUGAUGGCCCUGUGGGAGAACAGAUUCGACGUAUCCUGAAGGGGAAGUCUGUUCAGCAGAGAGCACCACCAUAUUAGCUCCACUGACCUGGAGCCUGGUCAGCAACACUCACUGUCAGUUAGGCAGUCCUAAUGUAUCUGUACAUAGACCAUUUGCCCUGUAUCGGCAAAUGUAAGUUGUUUCUAUGAAACAAACAUAUUUAGUUCACUAUUAUAUAGUGGGUUAUAUUAACACAAAGAAGAAAAAUGUCUAAUUUCUCUUGGCAGAUUUACAUAUUUCAUACCCAGGUAUCUGGGAUCUAGACAUCUGAAUUUGAUCUGAAUGGUAAAAUUGCCUUCAAUUAACAGUAGUUUUUGGGUAGAAGAAAACUGGUUUGUGGCACAAGGCAUCACUUAUGUAGCCAUUACUGGUUCCAGGCAGGUAAAUUUUAAACAUUUCUUUAAGAAAAAUGAAGGAAUUUAAAAGGGGGAAAAAAUCUGGAUAUAGUGUUGAGGCUUCUUAUAGUCUGAUGCACUACCUGUCAUUGUCUCUAGUCAUUGGACUAGA